CAGUCUGUCGUCGAUCUUCGACCCUUAUAGCCGGAGAUAAAACGCAGACCCUCGUUUCAGGUUCGCUUUAGACGGGAUCCGUGGGUUGGCUGCCAGAGAAACCAGGAGUGGUCGGUACUUUAGGUACCCUAGCCUACAGGACACUCGAAUCAAUUAUAUAGACCCCCGAUCACACUUAUGUCUGCCUUAACCGCGCGAACCCUGUGUGUUGGCUGGCCUUGAGCCCAACCUUCCUUUGACUCCCUUCGACUCCCUCGAGAGAUUUCUGGAAAACAAUAUAUCCCCUUUUCCCCCUUUCCCCCUCUCUUUCCUUGUCUUUUUUGGGGGAAAAUAUUAGCGAGCGGUACGAGUUCUCAUCAUGUCCAACCUUAGAGAUGGGGAGGAGUCCAAGCAAUCCACGCCUCUGCGUCGAGAACGCGCCCCGACCAUCACCAUCGACACCUCCGCCGUGAGCCCAACGUCGGAUCUCGCCCACCGGCCCAUCGAGAUUUUUCCAGGCCCGCCGCACUCGACGCUACGCGUCACGACUGACAAUGUCGAGGCGGCCGACACCAGCACUCUCCUGAGCAGCGGCAAUGUCUCACCGACCGACCUGCGCUCGUCCGCCAGCGUGCGCUCCUUCGGCUCCUCGGACGGCCACAGCCGCGAUCGCGAGACCAGCAGGCCAACCUCCCCGCACAAUGUCUCCUCGCCUACCCACAAAAGAUCCGACUCGCACUCGAACUUUCUGUCCGUCCCGGGCACCCGCUCGCGCGGCAACUCUAUCGAGUCCGAGGACACAAACCAGUCCUCAAGUACGUACGGCGGCGAGACCUACGUGCCCACCGCCCAGGGAUCACGGUCUUCGCGAGAUCUAGGCAAGAACGUUCUCAGCGACGAGGACGCCCUCAAGCCUGAUCCUGGGCGCGAGGCCGAGUUCGAAGUCCAGGACAACAAAUUCGCCUUCUCCCCCGGCCAGCUGAACAAACUGUUCAACCCCAAGAGUCUGGGCGCGUUUCAUGCCCUUGGCGGGCUCCGCGGCCUGGAAAAGGGCCUUCGUACCGAUAUCCGGAGCGGACUCAGCAUCGACGAGUCUACGUUAGAUAGCAUCGUUGGCUUUGAGGAAGCCACCGCAGCGCCUUCUCCGGCUUCGAGCGAUGAUACUACUCUGACAACAGCAACGCCCAAAUCCGUUGCUGCUUUGCCGGAAACCCAGCAGCAGCAGCAGCCGCCACCACCACCCCCCUCGAGAGGAGGAAGUUUGACGCAGCAGCCCGGUGGCGGCCCCUUUGUCGACCGCAGACGCGUCUACGGCGACAACACUCUGCCCCAGAAGAAGAUCAAGACGAUCUGGGAACUCGCCUGGAUCGCGUACAAUGACAAGGUCCUGAUCCUGCUGACGGUCGCGGCCAUCAUCUCUCUGGCUCUUGGGAUCUACCAGUCCGUCACCGCCACGGACGGCGAGGCUCGUGUCGAAUGGGUCGAGGGCGUCGCGAUCAUCGUGGCCAUCCUGAUUGUUGUGGUCGUGGGUGCCGCCAACGACUGGCAGAAGGAACGCCAGUUUGUCAAGCUGAACAAGAAGAAGGAGGACCGCCUGGUGAAGGUGGUGCGUUCCGGCAAGACCAUGGAGAUCUCCAUCCAUGACAUCCUGGUCGGCGAUGUCAUGCACCUCGAGCCUGGUGACAUGGUCCCCGUCGACGGCAUCUUCAUCGACGGCCACAACGUCAAGUGUGACGAAUCCUCCGCGACCGGCGAGUCCGACGUGCUCCACAAGUCCGCCGCCAACGACGUCUACCGCGCCAUGGAAAACCAUGACGCUCUGGCCAAACAGGACCCCUUCAUUGUCUCCGGCGCCAAGGUCUCCGAGGGUGUCGGCACCUUUCUCGUCACUGCCACGGGCGUCCACUCCACCUACGGCAAGACUAUGAUGUCUCUGCAGGACGAAGGUCAGACGACACCUUUACAAUCCAAACUGAAUGUGCUCGCCGAGUAUAUCGCCAAACUGGGCCUUGCCGCGGGCCUGCUGCUCUUCGUCGUCCUGUUCAUCAAAUUCCUCGCACAGCUCAAGGAUAUCAGCGGGGCCGACGCCAAGGGCCAGGAGUUCCUGCAAAUCUUCAUCGUCGCCGUGACCAUCAUCGUCGUCGCCGUCCCGGAGGGCUUGCCUCUGGCCGUCACUCUCGCACUGGCUUUCGCUACCACCCGCAUGCUGAAGGAUAAUAACCUUGUCCGUCUGCUCCGCGCUUGCGAGACCAUGGGCAACGCCACAACGAUCUGCUCUGAUAAGACCGGUACGUUGACCGAGAACCGCAUGACCGCCGUCGCGGCCACCCUCGGCACCGCCUCACGGUUCGGUGACAAGUCAUUAUCCCAGGGGUCCGGGGGCAACGGCCAGGCGCAGGCCCCCCCCGCCAACGCGGGCUCCAACGACAUCUCGGCCGCUGAAUUUGUUGCCACGCUUUCUCCAUCGGUCAAGGACCUUUUACACCUAUCCAUCGUCCUCAACUCGACCGCCUUUGAAGGAGAGCAGGAAGGUGUCAUGACCUUCAUCGGCUCCAAGACGGAGACAGCCCUGCUCACCUUUGCCCGGGAGUUCCUGGGCAUGGGCUCCGUCAGCGAGGAACGCUCCAACGCAACGAUCGUGCAGAUGGUGCCCUUUGACUCGGCCCGCAAGUGCAUGGCCGUCGUGGUCAAGCUGGACAGUGGGCGGUACCGCAUGCUCGUCAAGGGGGCGUCCGAGGUCCUGCUUGCCAAAUCGACCCGUAUCGUGCGCGACCCGACCCAGGAGCUGGCCGAGACCCCGCUCUCCGACCAGAACCGCUCAACCCUCGAGAUGACCAUGGAUGCCUACGCCUCCCGCUCGCUGCGACCGAUUGGCUUGGUUUACCGGGACUUUGAGCAGUGGCCCCCGCGCGGCGCCCCGACCCAGGAGGACCAACGCAACCUAGCCCAGUUCGAGCCCUUGUUCAAGGACAUGGUCUUCCUGGGCGUCUUUGGUAUCCAGGAUCCGCUGCGCGCGGGCGUCACGGACGCCGUGCGCCAGUGCCAACGCGCGGGCGUCUUCGUGCGGAUGGUCACGGGAGACAACAUCACGACCGCCAAGGCAAUCGCCCAGGAAUGCGGCAUCUUCACCCCCGGCGGUAUCGCCAUCGAGGGUCCCAGGUUCCGCAAGCUGUCCACCCGCCAGAUGAACCAGAUCAUCCCACGCCUGCAGGUCCUCGCCCGCUCCAGUCCGGACGACAAGAAGAUCCUCGUCUCCCAGCUGAAGAAACUGGGCGAGACCGUUGCCGUGACCGGCGACGGGACCAACGACGCCCAGGCGCUGAAAACCGCCGACGUCGGCUUCUCCAUGGGUAUCACCGGCACGGAAGUCGCCAAGGAGGCCUCGGAUAUCAUCCUCAUGGAUGAUAACUUUGCCUCCAUCGUCAAGGCGAUGGCUUGGGGGCGUACUGUCAACGAUGCCGUCAAGAAGUUUCUCCAGUUCCAAAUCACUGUCAAUAUCACUGCCGUGCUGCUCACCUUUAUCUCUGCCGUGGCAAGUGGCGACGAGACCUCAGUCCUUACAGCCGUGCAGCUUCUGUGGGUUAACCUCAUCAUGGACACUUUCGCCGCUCUAGCUUUGGCUACGGACGCCCCCUCACCCAAAGUGCUUGACCGUCGCCCCGAGCCCAAGUCAGCUCCUUUGAUUACUCUGACUAUGUGGAAGAUGAUCAUCGGCCAGAGCAUCUACCAGCUGGUGGUGACCUUGGUGCUGAACUUUGCGGGCGUAAGCAUUUUCAAUUAUACGACUGAAGCGCAGAAGGACCAGCUUCAGACUGUGGUUUUCAAUACGUUUGUCUGGAUGCAGGUUUUCAACCAAUACAACUCCCGCCGCGUCGACAACCAUCUCAACAUCUUCGAAGGAAUGUUCAAGAACUUCUGGUUCCUAGGUAUCCAGCUCAUCAUCGUGGCCGGGCAGGUCAUGAUCGUGUUUGUCGGCGGGCGAGCCUUCUCCGUCUACCGACUGGACGGCACGCAGUGGGCCGUCUCACUGGUGCUGGGCGUGCUUGCCCUGCCCGUGGCGGUGGUCAUCCGGCUGAUCCCCGACGAGUUUCUGCGACGGAUGAUCCCGACGAUCUGGCCGCGCAAGAAGGCGCCCGAGGUGCUCGUCUCGGACGAGGACCAGCGCCGUUUCGAAUGGAACCCGGCCCUCGAGGAGAUUCGUGACCAGCUCACCUUCCUCAAGACCGUGCGCGGGGGCCGGCUCAAGAACCUGCGCCACAAGCUACAGCAUCCGGAGGAGCUGCUCCCUCGGUCGCGCAGUGGCUCGCGCUCGCGUGAGAACUCGCUGCCCGUGACUCCUAUCAGCGGUCCUGGCGAGAACAAUAACAACGGCAGCGUGACUCCCCUGCAGCAGUUUAUGCAGCCACAGCAGCCACCGACCCCGGAGUCGCGUUCGCGCAAACGAACCCGCUCGCGCUCCAACUCGGCUUUCGGUCCCGCAGCCGCCAUGGCGGGUGUCGUGGCAGGCAGCAUCGCAGGGUGGUCGCCUAUUGAACGCACAGCAGGCGGGAUGGACAACCCCAGUCUUGCCCUGCCUUUCUCCCCCUCGAUGGGCCCCCACGGCGGCCUCUCCAGACACGAAGGGAUCGAAGUCCACCCGGGCACCGCCGAGGACGACUGCGUCGUCGGGGAGGGAUACUCGCUUCCCUCCAAGACACCCCCAAGUCAGAACCCGGACCUGGUUCCGUUCUUCGAGUACGGGCCGCCCGACAGAGCGCCGUCUAGUCGCGGGGGGAGAUCUCUUUCGCGGCGGUCGCGGUCGAGCCAUUCAAGGCAAUAGCUUUUCCUUUUUUUUUCCUUCCCCCAUUUUCACUUCCCCUUUUUUCUACUCAUCUCAUGUCCACCUGUAUCACAUUCACCCUUGGUAUUGUUUAGACUUUGAAGAGUUAACUAGCCCGGUGUAAUGGCGUUGAUAGAUUUUUUUUUUUUUCCCCUCCCCUUCAUCCGUUAUUUUCUAUGUUUUUGGAGGUAUUUGGCGUUGGAGGCACAUCGGUUGAUUCCGGGGUUCAAAAAGCAUAGAUACAGCCUAUGCUCUUGCUCUAGUUGUAUUGUCUA